AUGACCCAUAAUGGUAAUUUUCAACAAAGUUCGAUACCUAUUAAUAAUACCAAACUUGUUUUAAUUGCCUUGAGUGGACCAUCGUCUUCUGGGAAGAGUACUACGGCUAAGGCACUCCAUAAACUAUUUAAGGGAUCGAAGGUAGUGCAUUUAGAUGAUUUCUACUUCCCUGAUGAUGAAAUACCUGUUGAUCCCAAGACAAAUGAGCAAAAUUGGGAUUGUUCGGAUGCAAUCGAUUUUGAAAAAUUCGCUGACUAUAUCAACGGACUUAAGUCAAACAAAACCCUGACUGCACAAAUAGACUCUUUAGAAGAUGAGGCUGAUCUACAAUUAUCAAGAGAAGAAAUAAACCAUUUUUCAUAUGUGAUCAAUUCAUACAAGCAUGUACUAAAUGAUAAGGUUAUCGUAUUCGUUGAUGGAUUCAUGUUAUAUCAUGAUGAUAAAAUUUCCAGCUUAUUUGACAUCCGGUUAUUCUUCCACGCAAAAUAUGAAACAUUGAAAACAAGAAGAGAGUCAAGGGCAGGAUACAAUACAGUAGGUGGGUUUUGGGUCGAUCCACCGGAGUAUUUUAGUAGAAUGGUCUGGCCUGAGUAUAUUAAAAGUCACAGACAUCUAUUUGAAAAAGAAGAUGUGAAUUUAAAGUUAAACUCUCAUGCUAAAGACGACCUAGAACUUUACGAUAUCCAGAAUGAAGAUUUAUCUCUACACGAUUUGAUAGACUUGCCCUUAAAAAUAAUAUUAGAUAAAUUGGAAUGA